CUCCAGCUGGUUGGGUUCAACUAUUACUUCAGGAAGAAAAUCUCCUUAUUGUCGCAGGGGUCGCAGGAGCUAUAGGAAUUUUACUAAUUAUUCUUUUAACAACUGCUGUGGCCAUCGUCCUUAAACGCCGCAUGAAAGCUAACAGCAAAGAAGUUUUACAGGAAAGACAUCAUCCUGAAAAUGGCGACAGAGCAGCAGACUGUACACCCCUUGGAGCAUCUCCUUUGUUGUCUGGGCAUCGGCAAGACGACAGUCCAUUGCUGCGAAAGAAAUGCCCUGAUCAUGAAUUUGUCUAUCAUGACCCCUCCAUGGAAAAAGCCAAUGGCCUUUAUAGGAGUCAACAAGGCAGGAAACUCGUCGGAUGACAAAGAAUGAGCCGACCUGAGAUAAGGACCACUCUCAUGUAAAAG